UAGAACCAUGCCUACUUUAGGCAGUCCCAAGGGAAUCGAAGGGUAAACGAGCUGGUUCUCAAUUCAUACCACAGUAGUCCACUUCAGUCUGUUCAAAGCUCACUUGUCCGGCACCCAUACCAGGACUCGGAUUGGGAUGGAUGUUCAUUCAUGUAUUGUCACAGUUGUGUGGACAUGAUCCGGCACAAUCCAAGCUCAUCAUUGCGGCACCUCUAUCGCUCACUUAAUUUUAUGACCCGAAGAGUAAUGUCGGACCGUACCGGCCUUCGACUUCUAACGACUGUCUUUUCCCGUUUUACCGCUACUAUAGCCAGUUGACUCAUAAUGGAUAAACCCUGAGCACCAAACUAUGGAAAUCGGCCAACUUUUAGAACUUUAGGAGCGAAACCUCAACUGACUCAAGUGCGCAGCCGAAGGGGAUUCUUUUCCGUACUCGAGGCCCUUGUGUCCACCUUCACUCGUUAGGACUUAGGGAGAUCAGAGAUACAUUCGAC